AUGGAAAAUAAGGCCUACACAUCUGAAAAGGGCACGGAAUUGAAAAAAGUGGAAUCAAAUGGGACCCAAAAGGACCCACAGGAUACAAUAGAAGACGGUCCAUCAACAUCAAAACCAAUAGUGUGUACGCCCGAAGUCUGCCGACAAGCCCGACAAAGAUUCCAACCGCCAGACUUGGCCGACAGCCCAUUUUUAUCCAAACUAUCCAAAAUUUUAGGCAUAGAUUCCAAUCAAGGACAAAACGCUUGGGGAAAAAUAUCAGGGAAUAUUUCUUUGGCGCAAAUUGGAAUAACUUCAAAAUCGACUACACCAUGGCCUGAACUAGGUCAAUGGAAAAAAAAACCUGUCCAAAAUAGUCAAAACAAUCAAAAUACUCAAAAUACGCAAAAUAACAAUAGAAAUACACAAAAUAUCGCUGCUCAAAACCAAAACUUUAAACCUGUAAGUUUCCAGGAUCCAUUUAUUAGAAAUGAACAAAAUUAUGAUCAAACUAGAAAUACCAACCCAAAAAAUACACUAAAUAGGCAAGAUACUUUUGUUAUUAGAGAACAAAAUAAUGGUAACAUGAAAAAGCAAGACAUUAUCAUAGAUACUCAUAAAAAUACUCAAAGUAUGUUUCAAAUGAGCACAACAAAAUCUUUAGCAAGAAAAGAUACAUUUGUAGUGACACCAAAACCUAUUUUACGUCAAGAAACCUUUGUGGUAAACCCCAACUAUACCAGUGCGUGGCAUAAAUGUAACCCUUUUGUUAAUACUCUAUCAUCAUCAACACAAAAGCCAAAAGUCGUUGUACCCACCACCAAUUUUGGAAAUAAUGAGUAUAUCGAACCAUCCAGCAUGAGUGAGGAUGAUGAGCUGAGGGAGUUCUCAGAAACAUUGCUCAAAAAAGAUGUCAACAAUGCUGCCAAAUACGUGCAAAUCAACUUACAGAUGAAGACUACCUCUAGGUCAACUGUGGAUGAAGCUCCUUUACCGCUUCUCACAAUUAAUAGUAAAGCAUAUAAUAUACCCUCCAUAGCAAAAUUAAUGCCACUAUACAAUAAUUAUAUACUUGAAACCAAUGUAAAUGAGGUUUAUACUGCUCAAGAGAAAAACGAAGAAAAUGAUUUGUUGGACGUAAUCUUACAAACACCUGUAAUGCAAUAUACAAGAAACUUUUUAAUUAAAAAAGGUACACUUGGUAAGGAUCCCAAAGAGUUUAAAACACUUCUAAAACAAAUUUGGUUCAACAUGUAUUCCAGAGGAGGUGGUAAAAUUGGUUCAAGCGGUUUUGAACACAUUUUUUUGGGCGAAUUAAAAAAUAAUUCCCUGUCUGGGCUUCACAAUUGGCUGUAUUUUAACGAAGAAGAGUCAAUGAAUAGAGCUAACUACCUUGGGUAUAUGAAAAAACUCGAUCUUGGAGAUAAAGGUUCUAUAAUUAAACACCACUUCACCUUUCAUAACGUGGAUAAACCUGUGGAUUCGAUGUUUAUAGGCACAAGUCCAGAGUUCGAAAUGGCUUUAUAUUCAACCUGCUUUGUUUUAAGAGCUGAUAGAAUUUGUCCCUUAAAGUUAAACAAUAAUAGCGGAGAUUUUUCGGCCAAACUCGAGGAAAAGGUGCUUCGGGACAAGAAGUUAUCACCAACGGCAUUCGAUUUCUUCUUUCUAUAUACGGAGCUCCUAAAAAAACUACCUGCUUUGUUAAGAUCACAACUGACCCGUGAAAUAGGCCUACUGGGGAAACCACGUGCUAAAUUUGGUUGCAAAAAAGUCGGACUGUUUUAUUCUCUGGCAUGUACGAAUUGUCAAGGCCGGUCGUGCUCUAAUGUUGAAUCACCAACAGUGGAGGAUUCAUUUAAUUCCAACGAGGUGACAUGCGAUACAUCGCUAUUGACGCAAUUUACUUGUACCCAGGAUGAAGAUGAAGAACAAGAAGAAGAACAAGAAGAAGAAGAACAAGAAGAAGAAGAACAAGAAGAAGAUCAAGAAGAAUUUAAAUGCAUAGAUUCCAAUCAAAGACAAAACGCUUGGGGAAAAAUAUCAGGGAAUAUUUCCUUGGCACAAAUUGGAAUAACUUCAAAAUCGACUACACCAUGGCCUGAACUAGGUCAAUGGAAAAAAAAACCUGUCCAAAAUAGUCAAAACAAUCAAAAUACUCAAAAUACGCAAAAUAACAAUAGAAAUACACAAAAUAUUGCUGCUCAAAACCAAAACUUUAAACCUGUAAGUUUUCAGGAUCCAUUUAUUAGAAAUGAACAAAAUUAUGAUCAAAUUAGAAAUACCAACCCAAAAAAUACACUAAAUAGGCAAGAUACUUUUGUUAUUAGAGAACAAAAUAAUGGUAACAUGAAAAAGCAAGACAUUAUCAUAGAUACUCAUAAAAAUACUCAAAGUAUGUUUCAAAUGAGCACAACCAAAUCUUUAGCAAGAAAAGAUACAUUUGUAGUGACACCAAAACCUAUUUUACGUCAGGAAACCUUUGUGGUAAACCCCAACUAUACCAGUGCUUGGCAUAAAGGUAACCCUUUUGGUAAUACUCUAUCAUCAUCAACACAAAAGCCAAAAGUCGUUGUACCCACCACCAAUAUUGGAAAUAAUGAUUAUAUCGAACCAUCCGGCAUGAGUGAGGAUGAUGAGCUGAGGGAGUUCUCAGAAACAUUGCUCAAAAAAGAUGUCAACAAUGCUGCCAAAUACGUGCAAAUCAACUUACAGAUGAAGACUACCUCUAGGUCAACUGUGGAUGAAGCUCCUUUACCGCUUCUCACAAUUAAUAGUAAAGCAUAUAAUAUACCCUCCAUAGCAAAAUUAAUACCACUAUACAAUAAUUAUAUACUUAAAGCCAAUGUAAAUGAGGUUUAUACUGCUCAAGAGAAAAACGAAGAAACUGAUUUGUUGGACGUCAUCUUACAAACACCUGUAAUGCAAUAUACAAGAAACUUUUUAAUUAAAAAAGGUAUACUUGGUAAGGAUCCCAAAGAGUUUAAAACACUUCUAAAACAAAUUUGGUUCAACAUGUAUUCCAGAGGAGAUGGUAAAAUUGGUUCGAGCGGUUUUGAACACAUUUUUUUGGGCGAGUUAAAAAAAAGUAAAGUGUCUGGGCUUCACAAUUGGCUGUAUUUUAACGAGGAAGAGUCAAUGAAUAGAGCUAACUACCUUGGGUAUAUGAAAAUACUCGACCUUGGAGAUAAAGGUUCUAUAAUUAAACACCACUUCACCUUUCAUAACGUGGAUAAACCUGUGGAUUCGAUGUUUAUAGGCACAAGUCCAGAGUUCGAAAUGGCUUUAUAUUCAACCUGCUUUGUUUUAAGAGCUAAUAGAAUUUGUCCCUUAAAGUUAAACAAUAAUAGUUCGGAGGAAGAGAUAUUAGCCAUUUGCAUAGUUGCUGGCGGGCAGGGGUCACUAGCCAUUGACCCCACCGGCAACUUAUGCAAUCCUUCUCCCUGGAUCCGCUUAGCGGAUUCCGCUACGCCCGCUUGUGGUCCAGUGGAGUACUAUACACUUUUGAACGUUUUACGACAAGUUUAUCUAAUGGUAAAAAGCUUAAAUUCGAAUUUAAGCCCUAUUGUUGAGACGAAUAACAAAUCCUGCAAAUUGAUAAGUUGGUGUGGUCUAGCGGUAUCAGUUAAAAAAAACUGUUUUGUUUCCUAUAAAUGGUGA